AUGGGGCCCGUUGCAAGGUUUGGGGCCAUUAUUUGUGGCCUGCCUGUCGUGAUCGUGGUGAGUCUCGACCGGGAUGUGCCCGAUGAGGUGUCCAUAGCAUCUCCAGAUCUUUACGUCGAGGGGCUUCGGCGGAUGCGCUUCAAUGCGCCGAUCCUGGCGGCAUGGAUGUUCAGUGCCUUGUACCACGGCGGCGUAUCCUGGCUGAUACCAAGCCUCACGGCGGGCAGCACCGACACACAGGCUCCUGAGUUCUGGUAUGCCUCCUGCGUGUCCUUCAUCCUCUGCGUGGUCUUCGUGAACGGACGCUUGUGGAUCGUCGCCGAGAGUCCUUUCUCCAAAGAGACCAUCGCGGUCAUGGUCAUUUCCUUCAUUGCAAUGUUUGUCACGUUGGCGGUGUUGGCUGAGACGGGUCUUGGAGACCUUAUGCAGCCGCAGAUCGAAGGCGCCUUUGUGGAGAUCUUCAGCAAAGGGGAAUACUUAGCUCCUAUGUUGUUGACUCCACUGCUCCUCUUUCUGGACCUGGCCGUUUACCAGGCCAUCGCUUUCUUCAAUCCGUACCCUCUGACGGCAGCGAAAAGGAAGCUUUGGAGGAAUCAGCCGGACAAGGAUGCUGUCAGCAAGGCUUCUGGAGAGACCGGGGUGGUGAAAACCUGA